AUGGAUGGGCCAGUGAGUUGGUGGGUAGAAGGAAGGGGAGAGCGAGAAGCAUCAAGCCCCAAGCUGAUCCAAGGUUGUCCCGGGCCAAUCCAGCCAUCGGAGACUCACACGGCACGGCAAGCGUCAAGCAACAGAGGAUCCAGGCCAAUGUGGUUCUCCAACCCGAGCCAGCCCGCCCAGCUACGCAAGCAUCCAGCUACCCUAGCACACGCAUGGCGUUCUCCAAAUCAACCCCCAAGUCAACGGCUGGCGCAGCAAUUCGCAUCAACACCAUCCAACUAUGAGGGACCAAAUAGCUCUUUCGACAUUCCUCCCGUCGUGAGGUAUUAG